AUGGAGAAGCACAAGUGCAAAUUGUGCUUCAAAAGUUUCUCUAAUGGCAGAGCUUUAGGUGGUCACAUGAGGUCUCAUUUGUUGAAUCUUCCAAUUCCUCCAAAACUAGAAGAUCAAUUCCCACAUAUUGAAGUCAGCGAAGAUACUGAAUUAACUUCAUCUUCAGAGGAAGAAGCAGAAGAAGGACAGGGAGGACAGGGAGGAGAAAAAGAAGAAGAGGGUGUUUUUUAUGGGCUAAGAGAGAACCCAAAAAGAAGUAUUCGUUUGGUAGAUCCUGAGUUCUCUUUUGCUGCUGUUGAUGCUGGUUCUGUUGUGCUUCAAGAUAGAGAAAGUGAGACCGAGUCAUCAAAGAACCCAACAAGAAGACGAUCCAAGAGGACUAAGAGAUUGCUAGAGCAUCAUCAUCAUCAGUAUCAUCACCAAAGACCAAGAGAAGACCAAGAGAACAACAACACAAUAAAGAAGCUUGAAUUCAAGAAAAUGGGUACUAUUAAGGGAGCAGCUGAGUCAUUAUGGGGUCAUGAACCUGAACCGGUGAGUUCAAUUUCUGACACUACAACAGAAGAAGAUGUCGCUUUCUGUCUUAUGAUGCUUUCAAGAGACAAAUGGAAGAGAAAAGACCAAGAGAAUCAAGGAGAAGAACAGGAAGUUGAAGAGGAAGCAGAAGCUGAAACAGAUGAUUCUGAUGAGUUCAAAUCUUGCAAGACAAAAGUUAGAGGGAAGUACAAAUGUGAAACAUGCAACAAAGUCUUUAAAUCUUAUCAAGCUUUAGGUGGGCACAGAGCAAGCCACAAGAAACUCAAAGUUUAUACGCCAAGUAAAGAAUCGAACUUGGAGCCAACAGAAAAUGUAGAUGCUUCUACUUCUUUGCCAGAGAAGAAAAUCCAUGAAUGUCCAUAUUGUUUUAGAGUAUUUUCAUCUGGGCAAGCCCUUGGUGGCCACAAAAGAUCUCAUGUAAUUGGUGUAGCGGCUUCUUCAAGUACUCCUGCAAGAAGUUCCACAAAGUUUGGAGACAAUAAUUUGGGUUUGAUAGAUCUUAAUCUUCCUGCUCCAGUUGAUGAUGAUGAUGUUAGCCAAGUUGAUCAGCUCUCUGCUGUCUCUGAUGCAGAAUUUGUUAACAGCAUCAAACGGUGA